CGCCAAAGCCCAAGCCCAAGAACCAACCGUUGUUUGGCGACAGCGACCUUCCACAACCUCCUUCACGCACUCGAAAAAUGGUCCAAUCCCAGCUGAAACGGCUCAAAGCCUCGCUCCGAACCGCCGGAGUAACCGGGCAGCAGAAGCCCAAGAAGGCGAAGACAAAGCGCAACGCCUCCGCCGCCGACGCAAAGAACGACUCCAGAGUGAGCCGUGACCAGGCGCUGCAGAGUAUCCGCGAGGAGUUCAAUCCGUUCGAGGUCAAGAAAACAAAGACGAAGCAUGAGAUCUCGGGACAGGGACGGGUCAAGGGCAAGGAGGGAAGGCCGGGUUUAAGCAAGUCUAUCGGCGAGGAACAUCGCAAGAGGACGCUGCUGGUCGAGAUGCAGAAGCGCAACAAGGUCGGAGGAAUCGUCGAUCGCCGGUUCGGAGAAAACGAUCCUACCAUGGCCCCCGAGGACCGGAUGCUGGAGCGAUUCACCCGUGAGAAGCAACGGCGCGUGCGUGGCGGCGAGAUCUUCAACCUCGAGGAUGAGGACGAGCUCACGCACUUCGGCAAAUCGCUUGGUGGUCUCCGCGAAAUUGGCCAGGGCCUGCUCAAGGACGACUUCGACGGCGAGGAAGACAACGAGGAUGGGGAGGCUGCGAGGUUGUCCAGGAAACGUCCGUUGGAUGGGGAGGAUGACGCGGAAAGAUCGGAUGAUGAGGAGAAGGGUCCUGAUCGGAAGAAGAGCAAGGCAGAGGUCAUGAAGGAGGUCAUGGCUAAGUCGAAGCUUCACAAGUAUGAGCGUCAAAAGCUGAAGGAGGACGAUGAGGAUGAAAGAGAGAAGCUAGAUGCGGAGAUGGGAGAACUAUGGGCGCUGCUGGGCACGAGACAACCCUCAAGGACCGGGGCUGGUUCAGGCGCGAAUAAUGAACCACUGGGUGGUGGAGAAAUGCCGAGCUUUGACAGGCCAAUUGCCUCGAAACCGUCGGACGAAGACAAGGAACUACGGAAGAAGGAGGUGGAGUACGACCAAGCCGUCAGGGAAAUGAUGUUCGACAAACGAUCCCAGCCCGCGGACAGGACUAAGACGGAAGAAGAGAAGGCUGCGGCGGAGAGCGAGAGGCUGAAGAAGCUUGAAGACGCUCGGCAGCGGCGCAUGAGAGGGGAGGAGAGUGAGGAUGAGGGACCUGCGGAUGGCGCUGAUGGCGCUGAUGCCAUGGAUGAAGACCGCGGCUGGGAGGAGGAAGAGAGAAUCACCGAAGCGGCUGCGUAUGGAUUGGGUGACGGUAUUCCAGGCGCAGUUCCACGGGACGUGCCUCAUGGAAAUCCCGAAGACUACCUCGAUGGAGACUAUGCGGUAUCAGAAGACGACUACGUGGAUGUUGAUGAGGACGGCAUGGUUGAUGGCGACGUUGAUUUCUCGGACGAUGAGGACGACAGUGUUACUGGCUCGGACGCGGAGGUGGAUUCGGAUGAGGAGGACUUCCUUGCGGAUGUUUUGUCUUCCAGUGGAGCCAUUAAGAAAGUAGGCGCCUCUACAGAGGAGACAAUGCGCGACGAAAAGCUGGCCUUUACUUUCCCCUGUCCGCAAACACAUAAGGAGAUGUUGGAGAUUGUCAAGGACAUUGCUGUGGAAGACACACCGACUGUCGUUCAGCGCAUCCGAGUCCUGCACCACGCGAAACUUGCGGCAGAAAACAAGGCAAAACUUCAGAACUUCUCUGGUGUGCUUUUGGAACACAUCAUCUAUAUUGCCAACCUCACAGCUCCCAGGAUUCCCUUCGCUGCAAUUGAACUGUGUAUCCGCCACUUGCACGCCAUGACGAAGACCUAUCCGGAGUUUGUCUCUACGGCAUUCCGAAACCAGCUCAAGCAGAUCAACGACACACGUAUGAACGAGGAUCUACACGCCGGCGAUCUGAUCCUGUUUACCGCAGUUUCAACCAUCUUCCCGACCAGUGAUCACUUCCACCCCGUUGUGACUCCUUCGAUGCUUGUCAUGUGCAGGUGGCUGGGCCAGGUUGCACUUGAUUCCGUGCGUGUUCUCGCGGUAGGAUCAUAUUUGGUCACUAUGUGCUCUCAGUAUCAACAACUCUCGAAGCGAUACGUCCCUGAAGCUAUCACAUUUAUUCUCAAAGCGCUUUCCCUUCUGGCUCCUGUAGCACAAGCCGAAGUACCAGGCCAAUUCCCUUACAACGAGUCGGAUGACUUCCGGAUAAGGAAAGCAUCGGAUGAUUGGAAGCCGCGGAAACUCGCUUUCUCGGAUAUGUUUGCACCCUCGGAAGAUACGCCUUCAGCGCUUCUUUACACCCUGCUCGGUCUGUUGGAGCGGUUGACCGAUCUCUGGGCUGAGAAAACCGCCUUCUUCGAUGUCUUCGGGCCGGUGAACGACGUUCUAACCCACAUGUCGAGCAAGGCAUGUGUCGGUCAUCUGAGCUCGGAACUGAAGAAAAAGCUCCGUGCCACCUCCAAAGACCUCACCUCCAGACUCUCCCAAGCGCAGCUUUCGCGCCGCCCAUUACAACUCCACCACCACCGGCCUCUACCCAUCGCAUCCAACAUACCCAAGUUCGAGUCAGACUACAGCAUGGACAAGCACUACGAUCCCGACGACGACCGCCGAGAGAUGUCCAAGCUGAAGGCGCAGCACAAGCGGGAGAAGAAGGGUGCCGUGAGAGAGAUCCGCAAGGACGCCCGCUUCAUCUCCAGAGCGAAGCUGCAAGAAGACAAGAAGACCAGCAAGGAGUACCAUGCGAAGAUGGCGCGCUUGACGGCUAUGAUCCAGAGCGAGGAGGGUCAGGCUGCGAACGAGUACAAGAGGGAGAAGGCCAGAAGGUAAAAAAAGCUUGUGUUUUGUGGCGUUGUUUGAGGCUUUGCUUCGUUUUAGAAUUGGAAUGUAGAUAAUUGGAUUGGACGACUGUACGGCGAGUGUGCUCGCAUUCAUUCUGGGAGGCGUAAACGGACAUCUAAUGACCGCGGCCCGAGGCAGAGUAUCCAUCCAAGUGUCCACCCAGGAUAAUAGCUGCGUACUUGCCCGGCGAGCGG